UAAGAUGGCAGCCUCCUUGAGACUGUUUACAGUUUUAGGACCGGCACAAAAGUUUCAAUUUAGAAUAUUUACCAAAUUAGUACGACCAUUAUCGUCAGGUUCCAACCAAUAUGACUAUGACCUGAUAGUCAUUGGUGGAGGCUCAGGAGGAUUAGCCUGUUCCAAGGAGGCUGCUCAGCUUGGAAGAAGAGUUGCUGUUCUUGACUAUGUUGAUCCGUCUCCACAAGGCACAGUAUGGGGACUCGGUGGUACAUGUGUGAACGUUGGCUGCAUUCCAAAGAAGCUGAUGCACCAUGCUUCACUUCUAGGUGAAGCUGUUAAGGGUGCUGCAAAGUAUGGAUGGGAUGUUCCUCAGGAAACAAAACAUUCAUGGGAGGUGCUUGUUGGUGGGGUGCAGAACCAUCUAAGAUCACUGAACUGGGGACACCGAGUCGCACUGAAAGACAAGUCCGUUGACUAUCUGAAUGCGUAUGGUACCUUCGUAGAUGCUCAUACAAUAAAAGCAACCACAAGGAGUGGAAAAGAGACGAUAUUAACAGCAGACAGAUUUGUAAUUGCAACAGGAAUGCGACCAAAAUACCCACAAAUGGAGGGGGCUCGAGAGUAUGCACACUCCAGCGAUGAUCUCUUCUCACUGCAGAAACCACCGGGAAAGACGCUAGUUGUUGGAGCAAGCUAUGUUGCUCUGGAGUGCGCUGGAUUCCUAACGGGACUUGGCUAUGAUGUCACUGUUAUGAUGAGGUCGAUACCACUACGAGGAUUUGACCAGCAAAUGGCGGAGCUGGUCAUAGACAACAUGGUGUCGCACGGCACGAGGGUGCUGCGUGGAUGCGUUCCCCAGCAGAUUUUGAAGCAGGCUUCGGGCGAGCUGGCUGUGACGUGGCAGCGCCAGACCGGCGGGCCGGGGUCAGCCGUGGAUGCAGACGACUCCGAUGAGUUCUCAACAGUCCUGUUAGCCAUCGGCAGGGAGCCGUGUACAAAAUCACUCAACCUUGAUGUCGCCGGCGUGAAGAUGAACGAAUCGACGGGAUUCAUUGUCGGAUCAGAGGAGGAGAGCGAGAGAACGUCCGUCCCAAACAUAUAUGCCAUCGGCGAUGUCCUCCAGGAUCGGCCAGAAUUGACACCGGUCGCAAUCAAAGCCGGAAAACUGCUAGCACGUCGCCUGUACGAUGGCGCCACCGAACACAUGGACUAUGUGAAUGUUCCGACAACGGUUUUCACGCCAUUGGAGUACGGGUGCGUGGGCUUAUCUGAGGAGAAUGCAGUGCAGCUACAUGGGGAAGAUAAUGUGGAGGUGUAUCACGCCUUUUAUAAACCACUGGAGUACAUUAUACCAGAGCGAAAUCACCAGCAGUGCUACAUUAAGAUGGUGUGCAGCAGACAGGAUGAAAAGAUAUUGGGACUACAUUUCCUUGGUCCACAUGCGGGUGAAGUCAUUCAGGGUUUUGGAUUUGCUGUUAAGUGUGGUGCCACCAGGGGGCAGCUCACGUCAGUAGUCGGCAUCCAUCCGACGUGUGCAGAGGAGGUGAUCAAGAUGCACGUGACGAAGCGAUCCGGCGAGGACGCCACGGUAACGGGAUGCUGAGGAUAAUUCCAUCCCCGGAUGCUGGUGGCGCUGCAAUCGGUUGAUCGCCAGCAAGCGGGGAUGGAGAACUGAGCUAUUGCUAUACAGUAGUUUGCCUCUAUUCGCUGCACGUUCUUUAUGAAGCGAAGAUUACAACUCCCUCUUGUGGAAUAAUCAUUUGCGGAUGAUGGAGCUUUGCAGUGAAUAUAGAUUUCCUAUUACUGUUUGAAUCUGAGCUUAUUCGAAUCGAACAUAAAAUUGAAAAACAAGUUUUUAUACACAAUUCCACGUAUUCUAUAUUGUGAUUGCAUGUUAAUGACCUCUGCAUCUCUCCAAUCCUUUCUACGUAGGUUUGUAUUAGCUGUAUUAUAUAUGUGUAUAGGUCCUGAUUAUGAAAAUCACUCGUUGAUACGGCUGACUGAUAUUUAAUGCAUUACUACAAUAGUGUAUCGCUUUGUUAUUACGCCUAGUGGUAUGAUCGAGGCAGCCAUUUCAGUCGUGCAGUGCAGUGGUAUAUCUUAAACUCAUUACUAAACCCGUCCAGCUAUGAUGCUAGGGUUAAUGUCGAACCAGUUUCACAUGCAGGCGGGAAAACAUAAAACCGAUUAGGCGUUUAAUGAGUCUAAAUCUGUCACGGAGUCGUAAAGCGGGAAUCGCGUGUGGGUGUCGGGGGUGCGGCGUGAUUUCAAAGUAGCAUCUUCUUUGUCCUAUCAUGCACCGCACGCGCAGCGUAUUGAGACGCUGUUAUCGUGUGCAAUAACAAUAAACUGUUAUUUAUUUCCAUACGCA